AUUCUUACAACAAAAAAGUAAAUAAAGAAAACAUUAAAACCAUCAAUUUUCUUCUUCUAUUCAUUUAUGACUUGCCCCUUUUUCUUCCCAUCCUACUUGUAACAUCCAAACACACUAUUUCACUCAACAUCAAUUCUUUGCCCCUUCUUAUUUAAAAAAAAAAAAAAAUCUUUGCCUCUAAUAAAAUUAGGGUUUUGCUGUAUUUGAAAGAGAAGAAGGAAGAAGAAUAAGAAGAAGUGGAAGAAGAAGAAGAAUGGCAAUGGCUGCCUAUGGUCAACUCAACAUCAACGAGUCAUCAGUAUGGGGUUCAAGAAGUGUCGAUUGUUUCGAUAAAUUAGAGCAGAUUGGUGAAGGCACUUAUGGUCAAGUUUAUAUGGCGAGGGAAAUAAAGACGAAUGAAAUUGUUGCUUUGAAGAAAAUUAGAAUGGACAACGAAAGAGAAGGGUUUCCUAUAACAGCAAUUCGUGAAAUCAAAAUUUUGAAGAAGCUACAUCAUGAAAAUGUGAUUAAGUUGAAAGAAAUUGUGACUUCUCCUGGGUCUGAGAAGGAUGAGCAGGGGAAGCCAGAUGGUAACAAGUAUAAAGGCGGAAUAUACAUGGUCUUUGAGUACAUGGACCAUGACUUGACAGGUCUUGCUGACCGCCCUGGGAUGAAAUUUUCAGUUCCUCAGAUUAAGUGCUAUAUGAGGCAGCUUUUGACUGGUCUUCACUAUUGUCAUGUAAACCAAGUACUUCAUCGUGAUAUUAAAGGCUCUAAUCUUCUUAUAGACAAUGAGGGCAAUCUAAAGCUUGCAGAUUUUGGACUUGCCCGCUCAUUCUCGAAUGAGCAUAAUGCAAAUCUUACAAAUCGUGUUAUUACUUUAUGGUACAGACCUCCAGAGUUGCUGCUGGGCACAACAAAGUACGGUCCAGCUGUUGACAUGUGGUCUGUCGGCUGUAUUUUUGCUGAACUUCUGUAUGGAAAGCCAAUUUUUCCUGGAAAAGAUGAGCCAGAACAAAUCAAUAAGAUUUUCGAGUUGUGUGGAGCCCCAGAUGAGGUUAACUGGCCUGGGGUUUCCAAGAUGCCCUGGUAUAACAAUUUUAAACCAAAUAGGCCAAUGAAGAGACGUCUCAGGGAUCUUUUCAGGGGUUUUGACCGUCAUGCUUUGGAAUUAUUGGAGAAAAUGCUAACUCUUGAUCCCUCUCAGAGGAUAUCUGCUAAGGAUGCACUUGAUGCGGAGUAUUUUUGGACUGACCCUUUGCCUUGUGACCCCAAGAGUUUACCUAAAUAUGAAUCAUCACAUGAAUUUCAAACAAAGAAAAAGCGCCAGCAACAAAGACAGCAUGAAGAAAAUGCAAAACGUCAGAAGCUACAACACCCACAACAGCACGGCCGCCUUCCACCGAUUCAGCAGUCUGGGCAGGCACAUGUGCAAAUGAGGUCAGGGCCUAAUCAGCAGAUGCAUAGUUCUCAGGCCCCAGUUGCUGCAGGGCCUAGCCAUCAUUAUGGGAAACCUCGUGGACCUGCUGGUGGCCCAGGCAGAUACCCUCCAAGUGGAACUAGUGGAGGAUAUAACCAUCCCAACCGCGGUGGCGGUGGCGGUGGCGGUGGAGGCUAUGGGAGUGGGCCAUAUCCUCCACAGGGCCGGGCACCACCCUAUGGUUCAAGUGGCAUGCCUGGUGCUCCUCGUGGUGGAGGGAGCAGUGGAUAUGGAGUUGGCGCUCCAAACUACCCUCAAGGUGCUCCGUAUGGCAGUUCCGGAGCUGGUCGUGGCUCAAACAUGAUGGGCGGAAACCGCAACCAGCAAUAUGGUUGGCAGCAGUAAUGUAAUUUAAUGAUUAAGAUGCACUAAAAGAGCACAACCAAAUAACAUUUAACGCAUAAAAUGUACUACCAAGCAGCACGAUUGUGCUAUAUUUAUAUGCAGUUGUGAUACCUUAACAAGUGAUAUUAUGUUUAAAAUAUAUCUGAUGUCAAGCAUCCUUAAUUCGUCGUUAA